UAACUUUCCCACCUUUUGUAGGAUGGUUAUUUUUCCCACCGGCCAAAAGAGAAAAUGCGAACAGACAGCAAUAAUGAAAACUCUGUACCCAAGGACUUUGAAAAUAUUGAUAACAGUAACUUUGCUCCAAGGACUCAGAGGCAAAAAUACCAGCCUGAGUUGAUGAAGAAGCCUCUUAGCAAGCAGAAGGAGCACUUGAAAAAGAAACUAGAGCAAGAAGAAAAGGUGAAGGAGAACUCCCUUCUGGGGAAGAACUCCAAUGAAGUGCUUCAGUUCAGCCACCAUGCAGUAAAGAACAGCAGCAGCAAUUUGAAGGAGAGUCACAGGUCUCCCAGGCAGCACCAUUUAAAAAAGAGUGGGAAUAGUUCCCCUGAAAUAAGAUAUGACCAGCCACCAAAGUGUGAAAUAUCGGGCAAGGAGGCAAUUUCAGCUCUGUCUCGGUCCAAAUCCAAGCACUGUCGGCGGGAGAUUGCAGAGGUAUACUGUCAACACAAGCAAGGAAAGCUGAUGCCUGAGAAGGUGACGCGUUUCUGUCCCCUGGAUGGAAAAGCCAACAACAAUGUACAGUGGGAUGAGGACUCCGUAGAAUACAUGCCUGCCAACCCAGUCAGGAUCGCAUUUGUCUUGGUUGUUCAUGGCAGAGCUUCUCGGCAACUCCAACGCAUGUUUAAGGCUAUUUACCAUAAAGACCAUUUCUAUUACAUUCAUGUUGACAAGCGAUCCAAUUACCUACACCGGAAAGUGCUCCAGUUUGCUAGCCAGUAUCCGAAUGUGAGAAUCACCCCUUGGCGAAUGGCAACCAUCUGGGGAGGAGCAAGUCUUCUGUCCACCUAUCUACAGAGUAUGAGGGAUUUAAUUGAGAUGAAUGACUGGCCCUGGGAUUUCUUCAUUAAUCUUAGUGCCGCCGACUAUCCUAUCAGGACAAAUGACCAGCUAGUAGCAUUCUUGUCAAGGUAUCGCGAUAUGAACUUCUUGAAGUCGCAUGGGAGGGACAAUGCAAGGUUUAUUAGAAAACAAGGCCUGGACAGGCUUUUCCUAGAAUGUGAUACACACAUGUGGCGUCUUGGAGAUCGGAAAAUCCCAGAAGGAAUCACUCUGGAUGGAGGAUCAGACUGGUUCCUACUGAAUAGGAAGUUUGUGGAGUAUGUCACCUUUUCCAGUGAUGAUCUGGUGACAAAGAUGAAGAGGUUCUAUUCAUAUACUUUGCUUCCUGCUAAGUCCUUCUUUCAUACUGUCCUGGAAAAUAGCCCUCACUGUGACUCCAUGGUGGACAAUAAUUUGCGCAUUACUAACUGGAACCGUAAACUGGGCUGCAAAUGUCAGUACAAGCACAUUGUUGAUUGGUGUGGCUGCUCUCCUAAUGACUUCAAACCAGCAGACUUCCACAGAUUUCAGCAAACCACCAGGCCAACAUUCUUUGCCCGCAAAUUUGAAGCUGUGGUGAAUCAAGAAAUCAUUGGCCAGUUGGACUACUAUUUAUAUGGUAACUACCCAUCAGGCACACCAGGCCUCCGGUCAUACUGGGAGAAUAUAUAUGAUGAGCCCGACGGUAUCCAUAGCCUCAGUGAUGUCAUGCUGUCCAUGUUCCACUCAUUUUCCCGCUUGGGCCUCAGGAGAGCUGAGACGUCAUUGCACACUGAUGGAGACAACAGCUGCCGAUACUACCCCAUGGGCCAUCCAGUUUCCGUCCAAGUCUACUUCCUCGCUGAUCGUUUUCAGGGCUUCCUAAUCAAACAUCAUGCAACAAAUCUGGCUGUCAGUAAACUGGAGACUUUGGAAACUUGGGUGAUGCCAAAGAAAAUGUUUAAGAUUGCUAGUCCACCCAGUGAUUUUGGAAGGCUGCAGUUUUCAGAGAUUGGCACUGAUUGGGAUGCCAAGGAAAGGAUAUUUCGGAAUUUUGGAGGACUUAUUGGGCCGAUGGAUGAACCAGUUGGCAUGCAGAAGUGGGGAAAAGGCCCCAAUGUCACAGUAACAGUGAUAUGGGUGGACCCGAUCAAUGUCAUCGCAGCUACAUAUGAUAUCCUUAUUGAAUCUAGUGCAGAAUUUACUCACUACAAACCACCUUUGAAUUUGCCGCUGCGGCCUGGAGUCUGGACUGUUAAAAUUCUGCACCACUGGGUACCUGUAGCUGAAACCAAAUUCCUUGUUACUCCCCUUACAUUCUCUAACAAGCAACCUAUCAAACAAGAAGAAUCCAUGAAGUUGCACAGUGGGCCUCCUAAGAACGCAUACAUGGAGCAGAGCUUCCAAGGCUUGAAUCCGGUUUUAAAUAUCCCUAUCAAGGCAGCUCAAGUGGACCAGGCAAAAAAGAAUGCUGCGCUCAUAGGCACCAAGCUGGAAAACUGGGUGGACACCUUGGUCAGCAACGUAUGGUCAGCUGUGGAUGUCUGUAGCACGGGUCCAACAUCCUGUCCAGUCAUGCAGGCUUGCACUCAAACAGCUUGGAGCUCCCUGAGCCCAGACCCUAAGUCAGAGCUGGGCCCCAUUAAACCUGAUGGGCGUUUGAGGUAGCAUCUGGUACCCUUCUUUGGCAUAGGUUUUAAAAGGGAAUUUAACCUUGCUUCUCUAUUAAUCUGAUUACAGAUUCCAAAACCUUGAUAGAACUUUUUAUUGUCUAUUUUUCAUCUCUAUAUAAUUUUUAAAAAAUCUGACAAAAUCUUUGGCAUUGUUUCUCCUUUAGAUCCAUCAGUCUAAGCUUCAGUGGCACUGUGCAUCUCUUCUGUAACUUUCAUAGAGUCACAGUCUUACCUCAUUCAUUUUGUAUCCAAAAGGCUCCAACAUUUUCUAUUUUUCCCGAUUAUGAAAUGGUAACAUAGCAUGUUAGUAUGUUCAGAGGGUAAAAAAGGAGCAGCUGCUAAAAAAAACUUUCAAAAAUACCUGUGUCUAUUUUGAAUAUUUUAUAUUUUAAUUAUUUUUCUAACAUAAAUAACCGGAGACUCCAAUAUAUAUUCAAUUGGAAGACUGAGCUGUAAAAUAUAGUCAAAAGGUUUUACAAGAUGUAAAAAAAAAAGGGGGGGGGAACACUCCCUAUUUGUACAAUGUUAAGAAAUUCUAGGCUUGAUUCAUCAUUGUGUUAACUCCAGUUUCAAGCCAGAGCGUAUCACUCUGACAUAGAAACCAGAUUAGCAGAAUGAUGAAUUAGGCUUCCCCUCUCAAUUAGAGAGGUCAAACAUUCUCAUCUACUUUCUGAUCGCUAAGCAAAAUGAAUGUUGUAAAACUCUACUUUUAGUCCUAUUGUGAUUAGCCUUUAGUCACUACAAGGUCUAAACACCACUUGCAGUAUUAGAAACAAACAUUCUUGUUACUCAAAAGCCAGAAUCUUGUCACCAUUGCAAUCUGCAUUUAAAAACAAAUCCACACAGAAUGCCGUCUGCGUAAAAGCAGGUGUGCAGAUUCCUCACACAUCAGGUGGUUUGUGCAUGCAAUUGGAAUGUGUGGCU